AUGCUUGAUGUGGAGGCGGACUGCUACUGGUGCCUCUGCAAGCUGCUAGAGUGCAUCCAGGACCACUACACUGACGCGCAGCCCGGCAUACAGCGCACAGUCUUCCGCCUCAAGGAGCUCGUCAGGAAGCAGCACGAGCCGCUUGUGGCGCACAUGGAGGCGGAGGGCGUGGACUUUCUGCAGUUUGCGUUCCGCUGGGUCAACUGCCUGCUGAUCCGGGAGGUGUCCUUUGACGCGGCGCUGCGGCUGUGGGACACGUACCUGGCAGAGGGGACCAAAUUCCCAGAGUUCCUGGUGUACGUGUGCGCUGCGUUCCUGGCGCGCUGGGAGCGGCCCCUGCUCACCAUGGAGUUCCAGGAGCUGAUGCUGUUCCUGCAGAAGCUGCCCACCCAGGACUGGGGGGAGGCAGAGAUGGAGUCCAUCCUGUCGUCCGCCUUUGUGCUGCGCAACGUCUGGCAGCACGCGCAGAGCCACCUGCAGGGUUGA